UUUGAUUUACCUGACUUGGAAGACAGCAUCAAUACUGGUAAUUCAGAGUUAACCACCAUCACUUCCAGCCUGCCAACAACAGUAACAUCGUCCACAGUCACAAACAGUCAAUCCGUGAUGUCUGUGUGUCCACCCACUUCCUCUCGUACUAGCAAGUCAAAGAUUCUGAUUCUUUCAAGCGAGGAACAGAGAUUACUAGAGAUGGAAGGUGUUUCAUUACCCACAGAUUUGCCACUCACUAAGGCUGAGGAAAAAGUUCUAAAGAAAGUGAGGAGAAAGAUAAAGAACAAGCAAUCAGCACAAGAAAGUAGAAGAAAAAAGAAGGAUUACGUUGAUGGAUUAGAGAAAAGGGUCAAGGCCUGCACAGAGCUUAACCAUAACUUGACAAUGAAAGUGAACAACUUACAGAAACAAAACAAGUCCCUUCUUGAUCAGCUGAAAGAGCUCCAAGCUCUAGUAUCAUCAACCCACCCGACAAAGGCCCAAGCAGGAACAUGUUUGAUGGUGCUGUUUUUGGCCUUUGGCUUGGUUCUCUUUCCCAUCAAUAAAAUGCCAGGAGAGCAGAAGACGUCUGUGACAAGUUAUGCUCCAGCUAUUGGUGAGUUGAACUGUUCUAGAACAAGAGGUUUUUUUACUUUAGAUGCCUUCGGGGGUGACAAUUCGCGGUCACCUGGUCGCGUCUGACACAUGAAAUUAAUGAACUAAAACUUAAGGUUGGUUGAUCACCCGAUAUGUGAAUAUGAUGCAAAAGGAUUGCAAUGUACCACAAAGAGCAAAGCUGAAUAAAAAUAAAAUGACCACAAGUACUAUAAUUAAUUACGUGUAGACUGCCUUUUCUUCCAAUUUCAUCUAUGGUAUCUGUCAGUUGGUCGCUUACAAGAGGUUAGCAACAGAAGAAAA